CCAGGAAAUGACGUCUUCAGACCAAGGAAGGGGCGCCUCUACUAUAUUCCUAUCUCUGUGGUGUAGCGCCUGCGCACUUCCACGUGGUGCAAUGUUCAAGGACAACGUCCAGGCCCUGGUGCGCCGGUUCUAUGCCCUGCAGAGCGAGCGUGUGGAAGCGUACCACCUCCUUGAAGAGGGCCACCGGGCGUACCUCAGAAGCGGCCCAGACUAUGACUUCAUCCGUUACCGGCAGCUGGUGCAUGAGAUCACGGUUGGGUUCAACGGGAUCUCGCGGGAGAUCCUGCAAAUCAAGGGGAAACUGGAGGGACCCCAUGGGCGCCCGGAUCUCGCUCAUCACUUGGGACGCAUCCAGGAGAAAGAAAAGGAGAAACUCGAGCUGACAGUGCAGCUGCAGCUGGCCAAGCAGAACGUCCAGGACCAUCCCGAGGUGGAGAGCCACCCCCAAGAGGUUCGGGAGCUGAAACACAAGCUAAUUCAAACCAUCGAAGCAAUCAGUGAAAUUCUCCAGGAUUUUAAGUAUGACUCCGAAGAAGCCCCUUGACGGGACGCCGCGCACGGCAGAGGGGAGAGGAGGAGACGCCUGCCAGGUGGGGAAGAGGUGAAGCCUGCCUACCUUUCCUUGAUUCUUUCCGUGCCGACCUGCCCUCUCGCCGUUUUGCACCCGGGACUGGGGCGAGGGGCUCCGAGGGAGAAGGCUUGGCCCCGUGCCCACCACCCAGACAGAGAGAGCCCCCCCUCCCAGACCCCCAUAAAGAUGUCUCCAUCCCGGGCCAAGACUUGGGAGCGCCUGGCGGAUGGGUGAUGCCGCCAACCCACUUUCCUUGCUGUUUAUAUUCUGGAAUAAAAGUUCCUGCCCAACCCUU